AUGCCUAUUUGCAAUCUUUGUCACGCAGCUAUAUGCGACCUUUAUCCCAAGGUGGGGGAUGUUCACCCCCAGCGGGAAACCACUUUGAGGUAUCCUCCUUACGACGCAGACAAUAACCAAGCCUGUUGGAUAUGCAUCAGGCACGCCGAGUACUUAGAGGAGUUUCAUCAUGAAGUCUAUCGACUUUGGCUUAAGCAUCAAUUGCUCGUGACCUUCCAAGCUGAAUAUGGCUAUAUGGAAGAAGAUAAAGAAGUUCACGCUAAUCAUAGUCGCUUCGAGGCUCCUGUGCUGACUAGAGGACGUCGUGAUCGAAAGAUGGAGGUUCAUCAACUAUUUUUGACUCGGAAACAUAAGGGGAGUGACGGUGCUGGAUGUCUCAUCGAACUGAAAUUCUACAAACAAGGAGAUAUUCCAGAAACAAGAUCCUAUGUACAGAAUACCGUCACAAAUGAGAUCAAUAUCCGCCAAAUCCAAGAUUGGGUCAACAACUGCGAGAGACUUCACUCGGCGUGUCAUUCCUACUCUGAAACCCCAUGGUAUCCCACGCGUCUGUUAGAUUUAGGACAAGGUAAAGACACGCUGAAUCUCAUUAUCAGCGAGGAAAUGAAACCUAUCGGACCAUACAUGACGUUGAGCCAUCGAUGGAGUAACUAUCAGUACGAGAAGCUCACUUCCGAAUCACUUGGUCGCUUUACAUGCUCUAUAGACAUGAAAAGCCUUCCACGUAUGUUCCAAGAAGCGAUCAAUAUGACACGGUCACUUGGGAUUCGUUAUCUUUGGAUCGACUCCCUUUGCAUCAUGCAGGACAAGGCCUGUGGUGACUGGAAAAUCGAAGCUUUCAAGAUGGGUCAAGUAUAUGCCAACACAUAUUUGAACCUGUCAGCCUCAUAUGCAGUUGACGAUGGAGAGAAUCCAUCAAUCUUCUCUCCUGAGCCUUGGAACUGUGUCUCACCCUCAGUCCUCAAUCUACCGGACGGAAGGGAAUUGAAGAGAAAGUUUCUUAUCGAUGGGGAUCUAUGGACAGAUGAGGUCGACGCAUCGCCAUUGAUGGGACGUGGGUGGGUGUUCCAGGAGCGAUUUCUUUCGCCGCGAGUAGUUCACUUUGGCAUGCGACAACUUGCAUGGGAAUGCGACGGAGGAAGCGCACUUGAAAUGUUUCCUACUAGUUUACCACCAGGCUUUGAAGAUUUUUUCAAAACUAACGUAUGCGUGCCUAUUAUGCAAUCUAUGCAAACGACCGAUCCUGCAGAUUUCACGGUUCGGUGGCGCAAAAUUGUCACUAGUUACUCUGUUUGUGACCUCACAUUUCAUACGGAUAAGCUUGUCGCUUUUGCAGAAGUUGCCAAGCUUGUGGAGUCUCGAAGGGGUGAUGAGUAUCUCGCAGGUAUGUGGAAGAGCACCUUGAGAGAGGACCUUGCCUGGUGGCUUUCGCAAGAUACUGAUAGGAGUAUUCUCAACACUGGAGCUGCUCAACGUGCGCCCAGCUGGUCCUGGCUUUCCUUGAACGGCGAGAUUUGCUUCUACCCACCACCGUCAGCACACCACCGGCAGGAGUAUUUCUGUCAUGUGUUGGGAACCCCGACAAGCGAACAUGUCGGCUCUUCGGUACUUGUAGCUCGGGGUAUACUUGAGUUGAGAGGGAAGGUUUUUCCAAUCACAUCUCUCGAAUGGUUGGAAGGCAAUGUGAGGUUUUUUCAGAUAGACAAUCUUCGAUUCGAGACGUCAGAGGGGCCAGAGAGUACGCACUUUGACUACGAUAGGACCCGAGCAGAAAUUAGCAAUCUUUGCUCACAACAAGAGCUUUAUAUGCUGCCACUAUACGCCACUGGAAGACUCUUGAUUAGCAUUUUGGUCUCAAAACUAUUCACCAACCCAGCUUGGCGACGAGUAGGCGCGGUUUGCAUUCAGUUUGCAAACAUCCCUCCUGAAUCUGACAAACCAUGCCUAGAAGGCUGGGUUCCUAUUCCUCACUCAGAUUGGGCUAUUCAUGGCGAUGGGUAUAACUUUUACACUCAAAUCUCAGAGGCAUUCAAAGCAGGAAACCUUGAGACUGUUAGCUUAGUUUAA